GAUGACGGAGGCAUGGCAGCAGCAACAACAACAGCAGCAUGCAGUGGCUCCACCCUCUGUUGUGCACACUCUCCCUCAGGCAGCUGACAACUCACUGAGCUGCACGGUGUAUGGAGUCGUCCUGCAGCCAGACACCUCUCUACAGCAGUCCCAGCACCCCCAGCAGCACGUCGUUCAAGCCCAGCAGGCCUCCUUGCAGGUAGGGGCUGACAGAGGGCACAAGUGUGGAGCCUGUGGCCACGACCUCUCCCACCUGGCCAAUCCUCACGAGCACCAGUGCAUGGUGACUCAGGACCGGUCAUUCCAGUGCACACAAUGCAUGAAGAUCUUUAGCCAGGCAACCGACCUACUGGAGCAUCAGUGCGUACAAGUGGAGCAGAAGCCUUUUGUGUGUGGCGUCUGUAAAAUGGGCUUCUCGUUGCUCACCUCUUUGGCUCAGCAUCACAACUCGCAUGGGAACAAUCCGAUGAAGUGCUCCAUCUGCGAGAAGACGUACCGGCCAGGCUCUGGAAACGUCACCCCGACCUCUUCAGCUGCCAACCCCCAGCAGCCCACCACCGGAGAGACGUCUGGCGGUGGUGCAGUCAUCAGCGCCUCGUCUCCGCCCACAUUUGAGGCCUCCGCACCCGACCGGCCAUAUAAGUGCUCAGUGUGCCACAAGUCCUUCCGGCAUCUGUCGGAGCUGACCCGCCACGAGAGGAUACACACUGGGGAAAAGCCAUACAAAUGUGACACGUGUGACAAAAGCUUCAGCCAGUCCUCGCAUCUGGCGCACCACCAGCGCACACACAGCUCCGAGCGGCCGUAUAAAUGUGCUGUGUGUGAGAAGAGCUUCAAACACCGCUCUCACCUGGUGCGGCACAUGUACGCGCACUCCGGCGAGCACCUUUUCAAAUGCAACCUGUGCGAGAUGCACUUCAAAGAGUCGUCGGAGCUGCUGCACCACCAGUGCCAGCCAGAAAGCGAGAGGCCGUUCCGCUGUGGCUCAUGUGGAAAAAGUUUUAAGAGGCCGUCAGAUCUGCGGCAACACGAACGCACGCACUCUGAGGAGCGGCCUUUCCAGUGCGACGAGUGCCAGAUGAGCUUCAAGCAGCAGUAUGCUCUUGUGCGCCACCGCCGCACGCACAAGAACCCAGCCGAUCGGCCGUUCAAGUGCAACCUCUGCGACAAGGGCUUCCUGCAGCCGUCCCACCUUCUCUACCAUCAGCAGGUACAUGGCAUGGAAAGUCUCUUCAAGUGUGCAUCCUGCCAGAAGUCCUUCAGCCAGUCAGGGGAGCUGCUGCGGCACAAAUGUGGUGGUGAGGUGGAAAAACCUUAUAAGUGCGACGUGUGCGGUAAGGGCUACAAAAAAAAUUCAACGCUGCAGCGGCACCAAAGCACCCAUUGCACAGAGAAGCCUCUAAAGUGCUCUUUGUGCGACAAACGCUUUGUGUCGUCGUCUGAGUUUGUCCAGCACCGCUGUGACCCGACAAGGGAGAAGCCGCUAAAGUGUCCUGACUGCGAGAAGCGCUUCAGGUACUCUUCGGAGCUGCAGCGCCACCGCCGGGUUCACACGGGCGAGAAGCCCUUCAAGUGCGCCAACUGUGACAAGAGCUUCAAGCAGCGAGAGCACUUGGCCAAGCACCAGAGCGUGCACUCGCGGGAGACACAGUUUAAGUGUGUGUGGUGCGGCGAGCGUUUUGUUGACCUCACGGCACUGCAGGAGCACACAGUGCAGCACACUGCAGAGAAUGAGAACUUCCCAGAAGCAUCCUGUAUCCAAUGAACUCCAAAUGUGACAUUCACUCAGAAGGAAGCAGGUUUUAGUUAAAACACGCUCCCAUUUAUUCUAAUCUUGAGGACUCGGUUCAUCCUCUCCCUCUCAGUGAGUCCAGGGCACAGGGGGAGUCAGAAUCCCUCUUCUUUUGAGGAACAAAAACUUGAGCAGAAAGAAAACGAUUUGAAAUGUGGGACGUCUUUUUUCUUUAUAAAGUCUGGGACCGUAGUCUGUGGUUGCAUGUGGUUGUUUGUUUCGUAACUGUUGAGUCUGUUGUUGAGAAAGAUGGCUCACGCUUCCAGACUGUCAUCCCAUUUGUGCUUUGUGUCAGCUGCUGAUUGUCCAUGUGCCUUUAAUUAUUCGUUUGUUUUCAUCUUUUUCUGCUCACUUGUUUAGUGUUUUGUUUUGAUUUUGUCAUGUCCAGUGAAGCUAAAAGCUAACCCCUCCCCUCCUGUUCAGCAGCUGGCGUGUGCAGCAGCAUCUUCCCACAUCGAUAGAUCCUAUGUAGAAUCAUCUGUUUUAUGCAUGGAUACUUAGCUCACCUUAGUAUUAUUGUUGUAUGAUAGGUUUGGUUUAUUUAGGAUGGCAUCCUCAGAGGAAGAAGAAAAGACUUCACAUGGAUUUGUGAAACUGUAUAGCCCGUGUCCUAUAAAUUCUGUGUUGUUGUAUCUUUGUAUUAAAACAAAUGACAUGUAGGUAACUAACCCGCGUACCUAUCGUGUCAUAGAAACACUUGACUUGUGCAAUAGAAUGUGCACAGUGUAAUAUUUAUGACUACUGAUUCAUGAAAUAGUCUACUCUGUUAUAUUAUAGAUUGUGUGUAUAUGCUCUGAAAACUGUAUAGUGCUUAUGUUACCUGCUUUUUUAUUCACUCUGAAUGAGCUUGCUGCAUUCUGCAGGCAGCUUAGUUUCAUUUCCACCAGAAUGAUCACAAGGUUUAACCCCACAAAGCAUUAUGUUGCUUACCUGCCACAGAAAUAGUUGCAUUAGUUUUAGAUUUAACUAAAGUUAUGUUAUAAUUAUUGUUGUUUGUUUUUAAGAAUCGGCCUUGUAUUGUUUCCACAGAAUCCUAGCCUCCUCCAGGUCCAAGCAGGACAUAACAAUCUGAGUAAAACUUUCACUUAUUUGAUGGUUUAUACCAAGGUUAAAAGUGAAAAAAGACAAAAAUAUGAUGUGUGUGCUUUAGUUUACUGUGUGGAUUUCUAUAUUCUGUACAAUCUUUGCAGUAUAUUUAAAGGAAAGUUUUUGGACUAAGAAUCAUGGACUGAGGGGCUGCAGGGUGGGAAGGGGAUGGGACUGAGUGCCAUGGUUUGAAUCCUGGUGAGUCUGCUUCACAAUAUCCUGCUGGAGUACGAGGAGAAUGAGUGUAUUGAAGCAUAUGGAUAUCAUUAUAGACUCCUGUUCAUACUGUAUAUUCAAAUAAACCACCCUUAUAAUAA